AUGGCCUGGCUGGACAAACACAAUCUGACACUGCUGAAGGAAUUCAUCCUCGCAGGAAUCACGGAUCUCCCUGAGCUACAGGCGCCUUUGUUUGGACUCUUUCUCAUUGUUUACUUGGGCUCAGUGGGGGGUAACCUGGGCUUGGUUAUUCUCACUAUGAUAGACUCUAGGCUACAAACACCCAUGUACUUUUUCCUCAGACACCUGGCUUUCACUGAUCUUGGUUAUUCAACUGCUGUAGGGCCCAAAAUGCUAGUAAAUUUUGCCGUAGAUCAGCGUACAAUCUCUUAUCAUUGGUGUGCUACCCAACUCACUUUGUUCAGUAUGUUUAUCAUCAGUGAAAUUUUCAUUCUGUCUGCCAUGGCCUACGACCGCUAUGUGGCCAUCUGUAACCCUCUGCUCUACACAAGCAUCAUGUCACAAAGGUUAUGUCACAGACUAGUGGCCAUUCCCUAUCUAUACAGCCUCUUUUUGUCUCUGCUGACCGUCAUAAAAAUUUUUAUUUCAUCAUUUUGUGGUCAUAAUAUCAUUAAGCAUUUCUAUUGUGAUAGUCUGCCCUUGAUAUCUUUGCUUUGUUCAGACACACGUGAGAUUAAAUGGAUAAUUCUGAUCUUUUCAAUUUUUAAUUUGGUUUCAUCUCUUCUAAUAGUUCUUGUGUCCUAUAUCUUGAUCCUUGUUGCCAUCUUCAGGAUGAAGUCAGGAGAAAGCAGACACAAGGCUUUCUCCACCUGUGGAUCUCAUUUGUCAGUGAUAAUCAUAUUCUACGGCACUCUCUUCUUUAUGUACGUGCAGCCCAAAUCCAGUCAUUCCUUUGAUACUGAUAAAAUGGCAUCUUUAUUUUAUACUUUAGUAAUACCCAUGCUGAAUCCGAUGAUCUACAGUUUGAGGAACAAAGAGGUGAAAAAUGCCCUGUCUAGAAACUGGAAAAUACGUGCAAAUAUACUAUUUAAAAUUCACUCUAGUAGGAUAUGCUAA